GCGUCAUAACCGCUGAGGGAACUUCCCAGUUUUGAGCGUUUUGAGUCCAGGAUGGCCGUACCUGGGAGUCCCGGGCUGCUCCGGGUUUUGUGGCUGUUAGCGGUGUUUGGGGCGGUGUCCUCUCUGGACUCCGGCAUGCUGUUCCCCCGGGAGUCCUCCUCCAGGGAGGUGAAGGAGCUGAGCGGGCUGUGGGGCUUCAGGGCGGACAAGUCACCGGACAGGAAGCAGGGCUUUGACGAGGCAUGGUACAAACGACCACUGGCAGAGUCCGGCCCAGUGAUUGACAUGCCAGUUCCUGCCAGCUACAACGACAUCACUCAGGACCCGGCUCUCAGAGACUUCAUUGGCUGGGUGUGGUAUGAACGCGAAGUGGUGGUGCCGGCUCGCUGGAUCGCCGACAAAGGAACGAGAAUCGUCCUCCGAGUGGGAAGUGCUCACUAUUACUCAGUCACGUGGGUGAACGGGGUGAAAGUGACGGAGCACAAAGGUGGCCAUCUUCCCUUCGAGGCUGAGAUCGGCAGUUUGCUCCGCGCUGACCCGUUGACGCCGUGCAGGAUCACCAUCGCCGUCAACAACACUCUGACUCUGGACACACUUCCUCCAGGAACCAUCCAGCACAUGGACGACCACACCAAGUAUCCUGAAGGAUUCUUUAUCCAAAACAUCUACUUUGAUUUCUUCAACUAUGCUGGGAUCCACCGUGCUGUCCUGCUGUACACCACGCCUAAGGCAUACGUGGACGACAUCACCGUGGUGACGGACUUCUCCGAUAACACCGGUUUGGUGAAAUACAAAGUGUCGGUGAAAGGCGCCGCCUCGGCCUCUCUGAAGGUCACGUUGACGGACAAAGAUGGUCACUGUGUGGCCUCCUCCAGCGAGCCAUCUGGCGUGCUCACAGUUGUCGAUGUCAAGCUGUGGUGGCCGUACUUGAUGCACGAGAAUCCGGCUUACCUGUAUUCUCUGGAGGUUCGAGUUCUAGCUUCCAAUAAGGGAUCAACAUCAGAAGACGUUUAUGCUCUUCCAGUCGGCAUACGCACGGUCAGCGUCACCAGCAGCCAGUUCCUCAUCAACAACAAGCCCUUCUACUUCCACGGGGUCAAUAAGCACGAGGACGCAGAUAUCCGAGGGAAAGGCUUCGACUGGCCGCUGGUCGUCAAAGACUUCAAUCUAUUGAAGUGGUUGGGGGCCAACUCGUUCCGCACGAGCCACUACCCGUACGCCGAGGAGAUCCUGCAGAUGUGCGACCGUCACGGCAUCGUAGUGAUCGACGAGUGCCCGGGGGUGGGCAUCAAAGACAUACGCAGUUUUGGAAACGCCUCCCUCACCCAUCACCUGUUCGUCAUGGACGAGCUGGUACGGCGGGACAAGAACCAUCCCUCUGUGGUCAUGUGGUCAGUGGCCAAUGAGCCGGCAGCUGAGAUGCCUCCUGCUGAAUACUACUUUAAGACGUUAAUAAAACAUACCAAAGCUCUGGACCCCACAAGGCCGGUCACUUAUAUCACCGACAGUAACUACGCCAGGGACAAGGGGGCACCCUUUGUGGAUGUGAUCUGUGUGAACAGUUACUUCUCCUGGUACCAUGACCCAGGACACUUGGAGGUCAUCCCCAUCCAGCUCAGCACCCAGUUCGAGAGCUGGUAUGGAAAGUACCAGAAACCCAUCAUCCAGAGCGAGUACGGAGCCGACGCCGUGCCCGGGCUCCACAAUGACCCGCCCAUGAUGUUUACAGAAGAGUACCAGAAGGCCGUCCUGCAGAGCUACCACCGCGUCUUCGACCAGAAGAGGAAACAGUACGUCAUCGGGGAGCUCAUCUGGAACUUUGCAGACUUCAUGACCGCACAAGGGAUCACUCGUGUGGUGGGGAACAAGAAGGGUAUCUUCAGCCGUCAGAGGCAGCCUAAGUCAGCGGCGUUCAUCCUGAAGGAGAGAUACUGGAGACUGGCCAACGAAACGGGAAAACUACCCGUUUGGACCAAGUACCCCUGCUCACUCUGACCCCCCACAGUGUGAGCACCCUGGAUCAGGAGUCAGGACUGAAACUGUACACCUGAUGAGAAAGACAGUUUUACUAAAGCGCACAUAGACACAACACUUAAAGAAACGCUGUUCUGCAGCAUGAACUAAAACAGUACAAUGAUCUGGGAUUUUAAUAACAGCCUGUCCUAACAGCACGCCACACCAGCGAGCAUCAGCGAGAGUCUGUUAUUUACUAGUGGGAGUGUUCUAACAGCCCGUGAGCGACGCUGCGCUCCUCUUUUCCUCUCCGUCGCUCACGUAGAUGGGCAAAGAAGGAGGAGGCACCUACACUCUCUUUCCUCCCUCAGCUGAGCUCGCUAGCUUAUUAGUUAUUUGUACAAAGUGGAGAUAACGGUGCAUUAAUAAUAUCCACAUCAUGAUUAAAAUGUUGACCUUUGACAACAUCGGAGAAAUCUUUAUUCAGCCCACUGUGUAGUUUAUUGACGAGCCUCUCCAAGUGUUGAAAUUUGAGUCAGCAAAUCGUCAAUACAAAGCACCACACUUCAGUUUGCCCACCUUCAAAAUAAAAGCACCAGAUGUCAGACUGUUUGCAAGGGGGAACUGAAAUUCCCAGAGCAGACAAUGAAAUAUUUUAUGUGGAUAGCGAGCGUGCGAAAAUCCGCGUGCUGUCAGGACACGCUGUUAGUCUGAGAGAUUUUUAGCACGUGAAAAGUCGCCUCUGCUGCUUUCUUUCUUGUUGCAAUUCACGUUUGAUGGACAAUAAAUAUAUUUUUGAUAUCUGUUCCUAAAGAGACGCCUGAGUGAAGGUUUAUAAAGUGAUUUAGCGUCACAGGAUGAACGUCGACAUAUUUGUGAGGUAUUAUGAGAGCUCCACCUCACCAUCUCUUCAACUUCAAAAUAAAUGUUUUAAAGAUUAUUUUUGCAGUUUGAUAUCACGACCGAGGUGAACGCUUCUGUCACUUCUGUGCGUUUGUUGUUCUGUGUUUGAGCGUCUCUCAAGGAUUAAAGAACGUAACAGCUUUCAUCAGAAUGUGAACAACGAUGCUGAAAAUAAUCAAAGAAUGUUUUUAUUUUUAUAUUUGUGUAAAUCUACGAACAAAACUCUCUUUACAUGAAUCAAGAUAUUAAAGACUGAACAAAGAACUCAA